AUGUCAGGCAAAGCUUCUGCAUCAAUUGCAGUGCGGGAUCUCGCAUCGGUUCUUCCCAAGAGAAGCAAGCCGUGGUGGCAGACAUCCCAUCUGCUAAUUCUCAAUGCAUACAUUAUCAGCUUGCUCCUUUUCUCAUCUACCGGCGGCUACGACAUAUCUCUCAUGAACAGCCUCCAAUCUCUCAACCAAUGGCAACUUUUCAUGGAUAGGCCGACAGGUGCCUGGCUCGGUUUUAUCAAUGCCCUCCAAUCCAUCGGCAGCAUGGCCUUCCAGCCCAUCGGCGCCUGGUCAGCCAAUCGCUUUGGCCGGAAGCGCACCAUUCUCAUCGGGUAUCUGUGGCUGGUACUCGGCGUUGGUCUACAGGUCGGCGCACCGAACCCGAAAUGGUUCAUCGCAUCGCGAUUCUUCGUCGGAAUCGCAGGAACUUGGUUCCAAGCAUCUGUGAUUCUAGUCACGGAGAUUGCGUAUCCCUCGCACCGCUCGUUCGUAACGUCGGCUUAUAUGUGCCAGUUCUACGCCGGCUCCUUGCUAUCUGCGUGGAUCGCGUUCGGGACCAGGACUCUGGAUAGUAAUUGGGCUUGGCGUAUCCCAUCGCUGAUGCAGCUUGCCCUGCCGCUUUUGGCUUUGCCGGGUACGCUGUUGAUUCCUGAGUCGCCGCGUUGGUUGAUCUGUCAGCAGAGAUCGGGUGAGGCGAGGAGUAUACUGGUGCGUUACCAUGCUGGCGGUGACCAGAACUCGGAGCUUGUUGCUUUUCAGAUGGCGGAGAUCACGGAGUCCAUUACAUUGGAGCAGAGCGUGCAGCAAGAGUCGCGCUGGAUGGACUGUGUGAGGACCAAGGGUAAUCGAUACCGAUUCUUCCUCAGUGUGUCACUGGGAUUCUUCGCGCAAUGGAAUGGAUGCGGUGUUGUAUCUUACUAUCUCACACUAAUCCUCAAAACAAUCGGCAUAACCUCGGUCACCGAACAAACACUCAUAAACGGCUUCCUCCAACUCUGGAACCUAAUAAUGAGCAUUGUCGGCGCCUGCUUAGUCGACCGUGCCGGUCGACGCAAACUCUUCAUAACAUCGACAAUAAUAAUGCUCACAAGUUACAUAUUCAUCACCGCCCUAUCUGGCAGCUUCAACACAACCGGCACCGCAGCCAUCGGCACAGCCGUCAUCCCGUUCCUUUUCAUCUACUUUGCCGGAUACGACAUUGCAUUCACGCCGCUAUUGCUCGCAUACCCAGCUGAAAUGUGGACAUUCUCCCUGCGCGCAAAGGGUGUUGCUAUCUCGAUGAUGGCGAAUUAUGUGGCGUUAAUAUUUAAUCAGUUGAUUAAUCCUAUUGCGCUGGAGGCAAUUGCGUGGAAGUAUUAUAUAGUGUUUUUGGUGAUAUUGAUCGUGAUUCUGGGGAUUGUUUACUUGUAUUAUCCCGAGACCAAGGGGUAUUCAUUGGAGGAGAUUGCCGUUGUUUUUGACGGCGAGGAGGCAAGGGUUACGGAUUUUGUGACUGUUAAGGAGGCGAUGGAGGGUGAAGGGACUGCGAAGAGUGAGAAUGCUGAAGAUGUUUGA